AUGUCAAUGCGGGACAUUGGCAAACCUCCGGUUCGUGGCAAAACUUCGCCUUAUGGCUUCUUCGUGAAGAUGUGCUAUGAAGAGCACAAAAAGAAAUAUCCGAAUGAAAAUGUGCAAGUGACGGAGAUCUCAAAGAAGUGCAGUGAGAAAUGGAAGACUAUGUCGGAUGAUGAAAAGAGACGAUUCUAUGAAUUGGCACAAAAAGAUGCUGAAAGGUAUCAAGCAGAGGUAGCUGCAUACGGUGGUGAAGAUGCCAUGCGAAAGCGAAAGCGUGCCAAGAAAGAUCCCAAUGCACCAAAACGUGCCCUGUCCGCGUUCUUCUUCUUCUCACAAGAUCGAAGACCCGAAGUCCAGCAGAUGCAUCCAGAGUGGAAAGUUGGACAGGUAUCGAAUCCGCUGUUUGUCUUAAAACACAAUGCUCUUCCAACCAUUGCGAUUCAGGUUGCUCAAGAACUGGGAAGAAUGUGGAAGAAUGUCUCCAUGGAUGAAAAAGAUAUGUACGAAAGAAAAGCGCUUGCAGAUAAGGAGAGAUAUGCAGAGGUGAGUCCUUGA